AUGGCGUCCCUCGCCCCCCGCCUCCUCGCCAUCGUCCUCGCCCUCCUGCUCACCACCGCCCUCGCCGCCGCCGACAAGACGCUCAACAUCCACGUCUGGCCGCUCGACGCCUCCGCCCCGCAGCACCUGGCCCAGCUCUCGUACAACGCCGCCAAUGCCAGCGCCACCGUCGUGUCCUGGAAGCCUCCGAAAGGCAUCUUCACCGCCGCCGGCAGCGACCCCAACGGCCUCGUCCGCAUCGGCCUGCAGAAGCCCGACUGGACCGGCAUUCUGACGGCGGCCGCGGCGCUCGGCCCGGAGUACAAGAAGACGCUCGUCCUGCACGCUGACGCGCAGGGCGUCGUCUACGGCGUCGGCUUUGGCGCCGAGCCUCGUGCUGCGGAGACCGGCGAGGAUGUCGUGGAAGUGAAGGUCGAGAAAGUGCAGGCGGGGCCGGCGCCGUUUUUGAACAAGCCCGUGGUGUUGGAUGAGAAGGGGAAGCUUGCGGGGCAGGAAGAGCCGGAAAAGACGUUUUUGCAGAAGUAUUGGUGGGCCAUUGGACUGUUCGUGCUGCUCCAGCUCUUUGCUGGUGGAAAGGAAUAA